ACUGGACCCGGCGGGAUGAGCGAGGCGGAGGCGGCAGCGGUGGCGACCGCGGCGACGGUGCCCGCGACGGCGGCAGGGGUGGUAGCGGUGGUGGUACCGGUGCCCGCGGGGGAGCCACAGAAAGCAGGCGGCGGGGCAGGCGGCGGGGUCGGAGCCGCCUCGGGCCCCGCUGCCGGGACCCCCUCGGCGCAGGGUCCCCGCACCCCGGGCAACCCGGCGACGGCAGCCUCGGGGACCCCCGCGACACCGGCCCGGAGUCAGGCGGACAAGCCGGUGCUGGCGAUCCAGGUCCUGGGCACCGUCAAGUGGUUCAACGUCCGGAACGGUUAUGGAUUCAUCAACAGGAAUGACACCAAGGAGGAUGUCUUUGUUCACCAGACGGCCAUUAAAAGAAACAACCCCAGGAAGUUCCUGCGCAGCGUGGGCGACGGGGAGACGGUGGAGUUCGAUGUCGUGGAGGGAGAGAAGGGCGCCGAAGCUGCGAACGUAACUGGGCCGGGGGGCGUGCCAGUCAAGGGCAGCCGCUACGCCCCCAACCGACGCCGGUUCCGCCGCUUCAUCCCCCGGCCGCGCCCGGCCGCCCCGCCGCCCAUGGUGGCCGAGGCCCCGUCGGGCGGGACGGAGCCAGGCAGCGAAGGGGAGCGCGCCGAGGACUCCGGGCAGAGGCCCAGGCGGCGGCGCCCGCCCCCCUUCUUCUACCGACGGCGCUUUGUGAGAGGCCCUCGGCCCCCCAACCAGCAGCAGCCUAUAGAGGCCACCGAUGGGGUGGAGCCCAAAGAGACAGCCCCAUUGGAGGGGGACCAACAGCAGGGAGACGAGCGGGUCCCCCCACCCAGAUUCCGGCCUAGGUACCGAAGGCCUUUCCGCCCCAGGCCGCCCCAGCAGCCUACCACAGAAGGUGGGGAUGGUGAGACCAAGCCCAGCCAGGGCCCCGCGGACGGGUCUCGGCCCGAGCCCCAGCGCCCGCGAAACCGGCCCUACUUCCAGAGGCGGCGGCAGCAGCCACCCGGACCCAGGCAGCCCACAGCCCCGGAGACCUCAGCCCCCAUCAACAGUGGGGAGCCCCCCACCACCAUACUGGAGUGACCCCAACUCGAAGGACACGUAGAGCUAUCAUCUGGUUAUCUGCCAGUGUUUCCAACUGCUCUGUAACCACCCCCCCCCCCAGCACCCCCUGCCCCCUCCCCCCAGUUCCUGACAUCGAAACAGCGGCUUUCCCCUUUUCCUUGAGACUCAGGAGGGCCCAAACAACCGCCUUUUGCUUUCUCUCCCUCCCACCGUGGGUGGAGGGAAGGGACCCAGCCUUCUUGUUCAGAGGCCCCACCGCCCUCCCCUGAAUCAGGCUGAGAAGGAACCAGCCGGCCCUUCCCUCCUCCUGGUUGUUUUCUUUCCCACCCAGUUUAUUUUUCGUCUCCCUUCCAGCCCGUCCCUCUGAAGCCAUUUUAUGAACCGUCAUGUGCCACCUGAGCCUCCAGUAAAAACGAAAACAGGCUUUUCUGUG